AUGCUUCGACUCGUUUGCCAAUACACCGCCAUAACGCCCGACUCUCCCGAAUUUGCCUUAGGAGCCCUGCUUUACAACAAACUUCCACGCUUCGUCAGAGCGAAGAUCUACAACAUGACUGGUGGACAACGGAACCUCGCACCUUCAGAACUAAUAAAUUUACUCGAAGAAAUAGUACGAAAGGAAUCUACCCUACGACAAAUGGACUAUUCAACUGCUUCUCAUAAAAUGUCCUAUCACGUCGACGUAAGACCCGGACGUCACCAAUAG